AAUGAUCUUGCAGCUGGGUCCGCCAACGCAACUGUGCCAGACGAUGGCGCAGCUUCACAACCCGGAAUAAAAGCAAGUACAUCGACAACGAAAUUUGCCCGCAUCGUCGCGAUCAGGGAACGAUUCGAGAAGCACAAAUAUCUUGGCGAAAAAUCUCCUCUCGGACACAGUUUGUAAUGCAUAUUAUGCCAGAAGAAUACGUGACUCGCAGUCGCGUUCGCAACCUGUCGCAAAGGCGGCUUCUUGCUAAACUGGUCCCUGCGGUUGCCGGCACUAGUGGCAAGCCAUGCGUAGGGCUGUUCCUCAUCUAGUGUAAUUACAACCAGCACGGUUCUCUUCUGUAGCAAGCGCUACGACUUCGACCACAAGACACGUAUUUCUGCCUGUCGCGCAUGACAAACUGAGGUCCUCUCGAAGGCCAUUUUUCCUCAGCAUAGCAAAGUAGUCGGGACAAUCGUCGCGGAAACGGACAAAACGAUGAAGUUCCAGCCCCGGGACCAGCGGCUCCCCGCGUGGACGCUCCCGAGAAGACUGCCAGAAUCCUUUGAGAAACUGAUGAAGACAGAUCCGGAAGACCCCGGCUCCCGAAAUGCCCACGACGCUACGAGUUCUCGUGUACUAUCGCUCCCAAAGAACGUGGUGCCGUUUUGCAAAACCACAGGUACUAGCAGCACCAAAAAGACCGCCGUCCCGGGCAAGAACUCGUCCAAGACUGCAAGGGCACAGAACCACACGACCAGUAAAAAUCGCUACGAGGACGCAGACAUCGAGUCGACGCUGGUCGGUCACGUCGUUGUCGCCGGCUUCGAGGUAUCCUGUGCAAAAGUAGUAUCUGAUACUCGUAUUGCAAUCAUGCAUUACAAAUCCUUUUCUUAAGGUCAAUCCGCAUUACAAAUGUUACUUCUCAUGCAUAGAAAAUUUGUAAUGCAUUUCAAUACGACCGCGAUAUUUUUGCAGUUCAUACGAAAACUGGAAGCACGAUGAAUUUCUCCCCCGAGGGCAGUUUCUCUACGAUUUAGGCCGCUCCAACACGCCCAAAGCGGAACAGGACGCGAUUCUCGCUUGGUACAAAAUGGAUCCGUUGCCGCACAGCAGGGAGUGCGAGGAGGAGGCUUUGGAAUUGACGGAUGAUACGAAAAAUCAUAAGCCGUUGACGGAUGUGAUCCCCAGAGUGGAUUUGACAAACGAUUUGUACGUUUUCUCCAUCGAUCCAACGACCGCGAAAGAUUUGGAUGACGCAAUCUCCGUGCAGAUUUUCGAUUCACUGGACGACCAGGCGGAGUGGUGGGAGAAGGUGUACAAGCGGGAGGGG